CUUGUUUCUCGUGGAGUUGCUUUUUUUUUUUUCUGACAAAAGUUGCUGAGGUUCGUGUGGCCAAACUUGGUCACGCGAAGCUGUUGGGAAGGGUCCCCACUCCCCUCUCUCCUCCAGCCACGUGGCGCCUAGCCCCGCCGCCUACGUAUAUAAAGCAACUGAUGCGGGUUUAGGGAGGAGGAAGAGGAGAGGUGGUUCAUCAGGUAGAAGAGGAGAAGGAGGAUGGCGAAGGCGACGACGAUGGAGGGGCGCCCGGCGAAGAUGGGGUUCCGGAUGCCGGCGGAGUGGGAGCCGCACGAGCAGUGCUGGAUGGGCUGGCCUGAGCGUCGAGACAAUUGGCGAGAGCUUGCUGGUCCAGCUCGAAAAGUAUUUGCAAGAACUGCUAUUGCCAUUUCAAAGUUUGAGUCUGUUACUAUAUGUGCAAGUGCCAAGCAGUAUCCCUAUGUCCAUGAGCUAAUGCUACAUCAACCAAACAUCAGGGUGGUCGAGAUGAGCAUGAAUGAUUGCUGGUUCCGUGAUAUUGGUCCCACUUUUAUUGUUCGUAAAGGUGCACCAGGGUUAGGAAUCACAGAAAAAAAUAUAGCAGGAAUUGAUUGGGAAUUUAACGCCUGGGGAGGAGCCACUGAUGGUUGCUAUGUUGAUUGGAGCCUUGACAGCUAUGUUGCCAAGAAAAUAGUUGAGAUUGAGAGGAUCCCUAGAUUUCCACACACGAUGGUUCUUGAAGGUGGAAGCAUUCAUGUAGAUGGAGAAGGUACAUGCAUCACAACAGAAGAAUGCUUGUUGAAUCCUAACAGAAACCCCAACAUGACCAAACUAGAGAUAGAGAAUGAGCUGAAGGAUUUUCUUGGAGUCGCAAAGGUCAUCUGGAUACCUCAUGGGCUUUAUGGUGAUGAUGAUACAAAUGGUCAUGUUGACAAUCUAUGCUGCUUCAUUAAACCUGGGGUGGUCCUCUUGUCAUGGACCGAUGAUGAGAACGACCCACAGUACCAAAGGUCCGUUGAUGCACUCUCAACUCUCUCCAAGUCCGUUGAUGCGAAAGGACGGCAGAUAGAAGUUGUGAAAAUCCACGUCCCAGGGCCUCUGUACAUGACAAAGGAAGAGUCAGAGGGUGUUGUAAAAACAGAGCAUGCUAUACCGAGGGAACCAGGCACGAGAUUGGCUGCCUCGUACGUAAACUUCUACAUAGCCAAUGGCGGAAUUGUAGCACCAGCUUUUGGCGACAAGUGGGACGAAGAAGCGUGUGCUGUUCUUCAGAAGGCAUUUCCUGAUCAUGAGGUGGUGAUGGUGGAAGGCGCAAGAGAGAUCGUGCUGGCAGGGGGAAACAUACACUGCAUCACGCAGCAGCAGCCUGUACGCCCGUCGUAGAUGAUACUGCGUAUAUAGUAUUAUGAAUUUGGACAUGGGACUAGUCCAGAUUCGUAGUACUAUAUGUCCAGGGAGUAGAUGGCACUAUAGCAGCCAUGCCCUAUCGUGAAUUCGUGAUAAGCUACAUCAUUUGCUACCCAAAAUGGCGACCCGAUCAUACACCAUUGAUUACCCAAAACCAAAUGAAUGAAUUGAUAGAUUACCCAAAACCAAAUGAAUGAGUUGAUAGAAUAAGGCCGCAGACAAACAUUGUGAUUUGUGAGCUUGUGUGUAGGGGAUGUGGUUGCACCAGCGUGAUGGAUAUGGUUGUAAGUUGCAGUAGUGUAAGCACGUUGGAAACUGCCUUAUGGCCUUUGCCAACGUUGACCAGGCGAAUGGAAAUGAAAAUGGCUUUGAGGCUGUCUCGGUGAAACAAGUAUA